GCCCCAAGAUCUCAUCUUUCCAUUCUCUACCCUACCUUAUUUAUGAGGCCUGGAUUGUUCGAAAAAAAAGGAAAAGGCAAGGCGGCUAACGUUAACCUUUCUUCCAUGCCCGAACCAGGCCUCCCAGAUGUGUGGAACUGUCCCUGGAGCUGUAGCCCUUCACCACCAUCUCUAUCUCCUUCUGAGGGAUCCUGAAAUCUCUGUCAUGGAAAAGUACCACGUGUUGGAGAUGAUUGGAGAAGGCUCUUUCGGGAGGGUGUACAAGGGUCGAAGAAAAUACAGCGCUCAGGUGGUGGUGGCCCUGAAGUUCAUUCCAAAAUUGGGACGCUCGGAGAAAGAGCUGAGGAAUCUGCAACGAGAGAUUGAAAUCAUGCGGGGUCUGCGGCAUCCCAAUAUUGUGCAUAUGCUUGACAGCUUUGAGACUGACAAAGAGGUGGUGGUGGUGACAGACUAUGCUGAGGGAGAGCUUUUUCAAAUCCUAGAAGAUGAUGGAAAACUUCCCGAAGAGCAGGUUCAGGCCAUUGCUGCCCAGUUGGUGUCAGCCCUGUACUAUCUGCAUUCCCACCGCAUCCUCCACCGAGACAUGAAGCCUCAGAACAUCCUCCUUGCCAAGGGUGGUGGCAUAAAGCUCUGUGACUUUGGAUUUGCCCGGGCUAUGAGCACCAACACGAUGGUGCUGACAUCCAUUAAAGGCACACCACUCUACAUGUCUCCAGAGCUGGUGGAGGAACGACCAUACGACCACACAGCGGACCUCUGGUCUGUGGGCUGCAUACUGUAUGAGCUGGCAGUGGGCACUCCUCCCUUCUAUACCACGAGCAUCUUUCAGCUGGUCAGCCAAAUUCUCAAGGACCCUGUGCGCUGGCCCCCCACCAUUAGUCCUUGCUUCAAGAAUUUCCUUCAGGGACUGCUCACCAAGGACCCCCGGCAGCGUCUGUCCUGGCCAGACCUGUUACAUCAUCCCUUUAUUGCUGGUCGUGUCAUCAUAUUAACCGAGUCAGCAGGCCCAGAUUUGGGUACCCCAUUCACCAGUCGCUUACCCCCAGAACUUCAGGUCCUAAAGGACCAACAGGCGCAUCGUCUGGCCCCCAAGGGCAAUCGAUCUCGCAUCUUGCGGCAAGCCUAUAAGCACAUGGCUGAGGAGGCCAAGCAGAAGAAACACCAGAACACAGGACCUGCCCUCGAGCAAGAGGACAGGACCAGCAAGGUGGCUUCUGGCACAGCCUCUCUGCCCAGACUAAAGGCCACUCCUCAGGAACCAAGCCUCUUGACUGGGGUCUUAGGCUCAGAAAUGAAGAGCAGCUGGGCUGAGUGGAGGGCUGGAGAAGCUCCCCCUGCACCUUGGGAAAACUGGAUCACCCAGGAUUGUGAGCAAGCAUUCCCAGAGCUGAGGCCAGAGGUGGUGGGCCAGCAGAGCCUUGAUGCAGUGGACCUAGAAAAUGAGGAGCCAGGCAACGAUGAUGCUGAGUGGCGGCACCUGCUAGAGACCACUGAGCCUGUGCCCAUCCAACUGAAGGCCCCUCUCGCCCUGCUGUGCAAUCCCGACUUCUGCCAGCGCAUCCAGAGUCAGCUGCAUGAGGCUGGAGGGCAGAUCCUGAAAGGCGUGCUGGAGGGCGCUUCCCAUAUCCUUCCUGUGCUCCGGGUCCUGAGCAGUCUUCUGUCCAGCUGCGGUGGUGACUCUGUUUCCUUGUACUCCUUCUGCCGAGGGGCAGGGCUGCCCCGGCUGCUGCUCAGCCUCCUCCGACACAGCCAGGAGAGCAGCAGUAUCCAGCAGCAGCGUUGGUAUGGGACCUUCUUACGGGACCUGAUGGCUGUGAUUCAGGCCUACUUUGCCUGCACCUUCAAUCUGGAGAGGAGCCAGACAGGUGACAGCCUACAGGUAUUUCAGGAAGCUGCCAACCUCUUUCUGGAGCUCUUGGGGAAACUACUGGCCCAACCAGAUGACUCUGAGCAGACUUUGCGGAGGGACAGCCUUAUGUGCUUUACUGUUCUGUGUGAAGCCAUGGAUGGGAACAGCUGGACCAUCUCCAGAGCUUUCUACUCCAGCCUGAUGACCACACAGCGGGCUGUGUUGGACGGGCUCCUUCAUGGCUUGACAGUUCCACAGCUCCCUUUCCACAGCCCCCCAGGAGCCCCCGAGGUGAGCCAGCCGCUUCGGGAGCAGAGUGAGGAUCUGCCUGGAGCCCUGUCCUCGGCACUGGCAGCCUUAUGCACUGCUCCUGUGGGGCUACCUGGCUGCUGGGAAGCCAAGGAGCAGAUCUCCCGGCAUUUGGCAAACCAACUCACUGAAGACAGCAACCAACUGAGGUCAUCCCUCAUCUCUGGCCUGCAGGAUCCCAUCCUGUGCCUACACCUUCUCAAGGUUCUCUACUCCUGCUGCCACGUCAGUGAGCCCCUGUGCCGUCUUCUAGGGCAAGAGCCCCUGGCCUUGGAGUCACUGUGGAAGUUGGUCCAGGGCAAGGUAAAGGUAGUGGAUUGGGAAGAGUCUGCUGAAGUGACACUGUACCUCCUCUCCCUUCUUGUCCUUCACCUCCAAGAUCUGCCUUCUGGAAUGGAGAAGCUAGGCAGUGAGGUUGCUACUGUCUUUACCCAUUCACACGUCGUCUCUCUUGUGAGCGCAGCAGCCUGUCUGUUGGGACAGCUUGGUCAGCAAGGGGUGACUUUUGACCUCCAGCCUGUGGAGUGGAUUGCAGCUGCCACACAUGCCCUGUCCGCCCCUGCGGAGGUCCGGCUGACUCCACCAGGUGGCUGUGGAUUCUAUGAUGGCCUCCUCAUGCUUCUGCUGCAGCUGCUCACCCAGCAGGGGAAGGGUAAUCCAGUAAGGGUCGUGGCUAGCUCAGAAAUGUGGACCGUUCUGUGGCACCGCUUCUCCAUGGUGCUGAGGCUCCCUGAGGGGGCAUCUGUACAGGAAGAGGAGCUGUCACCGUCCAGUCCACAAAGCCUAGAGCCAGACUGGACGCUGAUCUCACCCCAAGGCAUGGCAGCCCUGCUGAGCCUGGCCAUGGCCACCUUUACCCAGGAACCCCAGUUAUGCCUGAGCCACCUGUCUCAGCGUGGAAGUAUCCUCAUGUCCACCCUGAAGCAUCUGCUUUCGCCCAGCUUCCUGCAUCACCUGACCCAGGCGCCUCAGGGGCCUGAGUUUCUCCCCGUUGUGGUGCUCUCUGUCUGCCAGCUCCUCUGCUUCCCCUUCGCCCUGGAUGUGGACGCUGACCUCCUUGAAGGUGUCUUGGCUGACCUCACAGACUCAGAAGUCAUAGCGCACCUGCUGCAGGUCUGCCGCCACCAUCUUCCACUGACACAAGCCGAGCUGCCCAUCAGUCUGCUCACACGCCUGGCCCUCUCUGAGCCCCCCUCUCUCAACCAGUUUGUGAGCACAGUAGCCGCCUGCCCUACAACCACCAUCUCAUUCCUCUCAGCUGCCCUCCUGGGUGACCAGCCGCUGCUGACCUCUGACCUUCUCUCCCUCCUGGCCCACACCGCUCGGGUACUGUCUCCCAGCCAUUUGUCCUUUAUCCAAGAACUCCUGGCUGGCCCCGAUGAAUCCUAUCGGCCCCUGCGCAGCCUCCUGGGCCACCCAGAGAAUUCUGUGCGGGCCCGUACUUACGGGCUUCUGGGACACUUGCUCCAGCACAGCGGAGCCCUGCGUGGGGCCCUGCAGAGCCAGCUAGGACUGCUCAACCUUUUGCUGCUGGGGCUUGGAGACAAAGACCCUGCUGUGCGGCGUGGUGCCAGCUUUGCUGUGGGCAAUGCAGCCUACCAAGCUGGUCCCCUGGGGCCUGCCCUGGCGGCUGCGGUGCCCGGUAUGACCCAGCUACUUGGAGAUCCUCAGGCUGGUAUCCGGCGCAAUGCCGCAUCAGCUCUGGGCAACUUGGGGCCUGAGGGUUUGGGGGACGAGCUGUUACGGUGCCAAGUACCCCAGCGGCUCCUAGAGGUGGCGUGUGGAGACCCCCAGCCAAAUGUGAAGGAGGCCGCCCUCGUUGCCCUCCGGAGCCUCCAACAGGAGCCCUGCAUCCAUCAGGUGCUGGUGUCCCUGGGUGCCAGUGAGAAAUUAGCCUUGCUCUCUCUGGGGAAUCAGUUACUGCCACGUAGCAGUCCCAGGCCGGCCUCUACCAAACACUGCAGGAAGCUCAUUCACCUCUUGAGGCCAACCCACAAUACGUGACCCCAGAUUCCUGGGGUCCAGCCUCCAACGUUCAUUGCCCUACUGUUGCCAGCCCUUCCUUUUUCUGCUCUACAAGCCACCAACUCAACCAAGAGCUAAAGAGACUGAAAGAGAGAAGCUGCCAAUCAACUGAUUUGAGAACGAGAACCUAGAAGAGAUUUAUGUAUAAAGCUCCUUCUUUCCCCCAGAUUCAGGAUGAUUUCAGCCAGUAAACUUCAUUGUUGUUGGUGCCA